AUGUCAGACCCAGCAGCCCAAAUAUCCGCCCAACUCACAGCUACAAAAUCUCUCACGCCAAACCCCACAUGGCUCUCCGCCUUCCUAACAACCCAACGGCCCACCACGCCCUUCCCAGCUCUGACACAAACGGCAUGUUUCCGUCUGCUAGCCUCCGACAUCACACAAUCUCUCACCACCACCCCUUCAACCUGCUUCCCGCAAGACGUGCAUAAUGUCAAUCUCAAAGAGCGUCGCCUCGGUGGCUCAAUCGCUGUGCAAGUGUUGGCAGUCGAGGACAUGAGCAAGAGUCGCUGGGAGCAGAUUGAAGCAAUCGAAGCGCUGGAAAGGGGAGAGGGCACCAAGGGGAGGGAAAUCAUUCGCGUGGCUGCUACAGUGGAGGAUGACAGUGCAGGAGCAACAGUUCAGAAAGGUGGUGGACCGCAUAAACUGUUGCUUCAAGAUGCGGCAGGGAGACGGGUGUAUGGGAUUGAGCUGAAGGGACUAGAGGGAGUGGGGCUGGGCAUGAGCAUUGGCUGUAAGAUGAUACUAAAAAAUACACUGGUAGCGAGAGGGGCUGUGCUGCUGGAGCCUACCACGGUUACGGUGUUGGGAGGCAAGAUUGAAGAGCUGCAUAAGGCAUGGAAGGAGGGCAGGAAGGCGGAAUUGAAGGCUGCUAUCGAGGCGACUGAGCAUGAAACACGGGGUUCAGAAUGA